ACGGUGAUGCAGAUGGUGCCCGUGAACAGCCUACUGGACUCUCCCGAGCUCCGGGUACAGGUGGACGAGAAGGGGGUCGAGUUCAUCGUGGCCCACACGGAGCAGCUGUCCGAACAAAGCGUUGACGGGCAGCUCACCUCCGUGACGGCCACGAUUCCACGGUCACGCAGGCGCGCCCAGCAGACGGGCUCAGAGAGCCCUUCCUCCCACAAGCGGCUCCUGAAGAGCCAGAAGUGUCCCUUCUGCUGCAAGGCCUUCAGCAAGAACUUCGACCUUCAGCAACACAUUCGCUCGCACACGGGCGAGAAACCAUUCCAGUGCGUCAUCUGUGGACGCGGCUUCGCACAGAAAUCAAAUGUCAAGAAGCACAUGCAAACGCACAAGGUAUGGCCCGAUGGCCUUGCACACACGCUGCCUGCACCCAUCUUGUCGGACGGUUCCCAAUCCUCGGUUGAUGAGCCUAACCCCAAAGAAGAUGGACCAGGAACAGAAAAGCCGCAGACUGGCGGUGGGGAUGUGCUGCUUCUGGACAAUAGCUACAGCUGCCCCUUCUGCACAUUUGUGGGCAAGUCCUACUUUGAGCUCAAGAGCCACCUCAAGCACCAUAAGCAGGAGAAGGUGUUCAAAUGCAUAGUGGGCAAGUGCGGGGAGAUGUUCACGGAUCUGGAGUCGUUCCUGGGACAUGCCAAGAGCCAUGAGAACAACAUGAUGUACCGCUGCCCGCACUGCCCCAAAACGCUGCCUUCCCUCUACGACCUCAACAUCCACCAGCUGACCCACACGCUCUGUGUGACAAGCGACAACAGCAGCAUCAGCGUCACCAUCGGCUCCAAUGGCUCCUCGGGCAGGAAGCCCCAUGCCAGGAUUCACCAGUGCAGCCACUGCCUGAACCGGUAUGCAACACCCGAAGCCCUUGCACAUCACCAGGCCACCUGCAGCCACAACUACCCGUGUCCCGUGUGCCAGAAGGUGUUCCCGUGCGAACGUUACCUGCGGCGCCACCUGCUGAUCCACCGGUCGUCGGCCCCGCACGUGUGCUCGGUGUGCCACAAGGGCUUCAAGACGGACCACUACCUCAAGGUGCAUGCGGUGGUGCACUCAAAAGAGAAGCCCUUCCUCUGCUCGCAGUGCGGGGCCACCUUCAACCGGCAGGACAAGCUCAAGCGCCACUACCUGGUGCACGAGACGGUGAAGCGCUACAAGUGCCCGUACGGGAGCCACCUGGGCUGCCAGAAGGAGUUCAGCCGGGCUGACAAGCUCAAGGCCCACCUGUUGACCCACAGCGGGGUGCGACCCUACGAGUGCCACACGUGCGGGCGCAGCUUUACGCAGAAGCAGCGCCUGCGCGAGCACGAGCGCUUACACACGGACGUGCGGUCGUUUUUCUGCUCCACCUGCCAGCAGGGCUUCGUGGGGCGCAAGGCGUUGGAGGAGCACGCGUGCCCCGGGAGAAAGCCAAAGCGGCAGUCGGCACUUCGGUCAAGGCGGCGGCGCUUCAACGGUGGUCGUCCGGCGAUCCUUCGUCAGCAGCGGCUCGCCAGGGCGCGGCUGGUGGCGCAGGACGAGUGUCCCCCCGAGGCCCAGCCCGACGUGCCCACGGCCCACAUUGAGAUCAUUUCUGCCACGGGGGACUUGGAUGCGGCACUGGCGCAGGCCUACCAGCCGAUCGACCAGACGGGUGUGGACGCGGAUCCCGGUGGUGCGCCCCUGUUCUUUAGGGCACUUGAAGGGCACUACGACGACACUGCAGAUAAGCAGUCGGAUUGGGCUAUCAAGGACGGGACGACAGAGCAUCCGGUGAUGGUGUAGACACUGCGGAUGAGAAAGUCCCACAUGCGUUCGCGGCUCGUUGGCGCCUCUCGAAACUUCUGGUUCGUGCGGGAUUGUGCUACGAGAGAACCUUUCUAGGACAAACUGAACCGCCCCAGGGGCUAGCGUAAAAAUCGUGCGAGUAGAUUUUUUUUUUUUUUUUUCAUGACCAGCUUUUAUAGUGGAGCUAUGGUGCCUGGCACGUGUCUCCAACUGGUGUAUUUAGUGUCCUGUGCACACUUGCAAGCGGGGCAUCUGGUCGCCUCCAUAGAUCUGCUCAGAGGAGCAAGCACGUGCCAUUGCGGGCCUGCUAAAGCUACCUUCACGAGCACGCACAUGGCACCGGUAGAAAAGCUAGGGUUGGCAUUGUGCGUUCGUCCAUGGAUCAAAAGUGGUCCCAAAGUGACCAAAGCAUUAAGUCGCUGGAGUCGGCGUGUCGUGCGGUUGGAUAUCGCAAUCCUGGCUGUUACCGAUACGAGUUCCGGCAAAUAAUACAGGCAGCCACGAGA